CUCACUAGUCUAUCCUAUUCUGAAAAUUAAUACAACUCAUGUUUACGCUUGAUCAUGGCAGUGAAAAUAAAUCAAACGCAGAGGUGGUUGCUGGUUAAUCAAGAAAUCAUAAAUAUGUGAAUUGUGGAUUAUGUUUGAGAAGUUGUCAUGAAGAUAGAAAAAAAAAUCAGAAGUGGGAAAUGUACUGAGGAGGGGACACGUCCAGUGCCAUUGGCUUUACUGAUGUACACAAACCAAACGACUUGAUAUGCGGUACUUACGGCUGAAUCCUAAUCUGUAGAAUAGAGGCUUCAGUCUUCAUUUUUCACUUGGUCGUGCAUUAAUCGAGGAAUCCGAUUCCUCUCCGAUGGAUAGACUUGACUGUCGAAACAACCUAAUGUGAUCGAUAUCACUUUGAUAAUCUAAACGAAUUAUACUAUAUUUAGUGAGUGGAUCGAGAUCUCAACGAUUAUUAAAAGUUGUGAUAAUACUAAGUGUAAAUAUUGAGUCGACAGCUACAGAUGUAGAUGCAGUGGUUCUUCCAUAUUUGUCGUAUCUUGUUGAUCAAGAUCAGGGGAAUUUUCUCUACAUUUUAGUGCAAUUUCAGCCUGCCAGGACUUUUUUUGGUGGUAUCAAGUAUAAGCGCGAGUCUUGUUUUACUGGCCUACCUGCAGAAAUGUCAAUCGCCUGAACCACACGACCCAAAAUGGAUCUCGAGAUUUUUCAUCAGUUUAUUAUAGGAUUAGUUUGUAAUUUCCUUGUUUUCGACUGCGGUCUUCAUGAGGGAUGGCCGACACCUACUCUUGGAAAAUUCGGAGAAGAUGAUUCCAUCACUCUGACGUCGGAUCAGGAGGCUCUCGUUUUGAGUGUGAUGUACUUGGGUGUGGGCAUUGGUACGAUAAUGCCGUUGAUCUGUAUGGACAGAAUUGGAAGAAAAUGGACCCUAUUGCUUGGUGCUUUACCAAAAGUUUUGAGCUGGCUCGUUGUGGGUCUGGCUGAUAGUCCCAAUAUCCUGUGCCUCGGUAGAAUUCUCGCGGGAAUUGGCUGCGGCAUCUCUUACUCUGUGGUGCCCAUGUACAUCGGUGAGAUAAGCAGCAAACGAACAAGGGGACCUUUGGGUACAAUGAAUGCUGUCUCUCUCAAUCUGGGAAUCCUUUUCAUCUACACAGUUGCCUUGAAUGUCAGUCGCUUCACCAUGGCAAUGAUUAACCUCGUUUGUCCCGUCCUAUUUAUUAUGCUAUUUAUAUGGCUCCCCGAGAGCGCAGUAUACCUCACCCAAAAGAACCAGCUGAUCCGUGCGGAAGAGGUUCUCAAGUGGACACUGGGCAAGGAUGAUGUGCAGAAAGAAUUUGAGGAAGUUAAGCGAAUUGUUUCCGGUGAGGAUAAGACAAAGGCAAUUGGCUUCUUCGCUACACUGAAGAAAGCAUCCAAAUCUCCAGCUAACAGGCGUGCUUGCUGGAUUCAACUGAUCUUGAGUAGCGCAAUCGGUGUUACUGGUGCAGCACCCAUUCUCUCCUUUCAGUCUCAUAUCGUCAAACAAGCUGAAUUCCAUGGUGUAGAUUUCACCAUAAUUGCCACUGGAGUCGCUGUCGUCAUCUCCGGAAUUGUCUGCAUGGCUGUUGUUAAAUUCACCGGAAAGAGAAGACUGCUUCUAGUGUCAGGUCCCCCAUUUUUCGGCUCCCUAGCAGUUCUAUCAACUUACUUUACGCUUUUGGAGCACGGUGUGAAUGUGAAGAGUGUCAACUGGAUUCCAAGCGUUUUCAUCAUCAUCUAUAUCGUUGUCUUCGGAUUUGCAUUUAAUCCACUGCCAAUAGCUUAUUUAGGUGAAUUAUUCUCGAUUGAUAUGAAGGUCAUUGCUGGAGUCUGCUCUGUUUUGUAUUAUGCAAUUACAACUACAGUGACUAUUGAAAUUUAUCAGAAACUGUUCAAAACACUCGGGACGUUUGCAGCAAUGUGGCAACUGACUGUGAUCACUUUUAUUAUCUGGUGUUUGAUUUGCGUAUAUGUGCCAGAAACAGAAGGAAAGAGCUUAGCGGAAAUACAGACAAUGCUCAGUGAAGGAUUUGUGAAGCGAAGCGGAGAUGAAAAGAGGAGGAAGCCCGGAGAAACAGACGCUGUCGAUAUCGGAGUAUAUUCGUUGAGCAAAGUCAGUGUAGUACCGACUUUGAACAAUUCCAUCAAUUAAAGUUGAAGUAACUUCUCCCAUUCGCCCAUUCCCCUUUUUUCUACUGUUGAAGCUACCCAAGGAUUUAAUAAAAUGUUUCUCGACUGUUGUUGUUUGAUAAAAAUGUUGUUUGAUAAAAUGAAAGUGUAGAAGUUUUCGAUUAAUUAAAGAAAAGUAACCAACU